AUGAUUACGGAGACAACUGGCUGGUGUGGUUGGUGUGAAGUUGUUGAAGACUGCGAUGUUAACGUGUCUACCAUUGGAUUAUUCAACCCGGAUAACAGUCAACAACACCGGAAUGUUCCCAAGGACGUACUCACAGCCUACAACCGCCGUCUAGGCAUUCGACACAUUCGCCACUUCGCCGGGCCCUACCGAUUGCAGAAGGACGAAUCUUCAGUAAUAAUUCAAAUCGAUGGAGCUUGCCGAGGAAAUGGAUCGCGGUAUGCCCGAGGCGGCUGGGGAGUUUUCUUUGGUCCCGAGUCGCAGUACAACACCUGGGAUCUUCUGCCGCCUGGCGCGCCGCAGACCAGUACUUUCGCGGAACUUUACUCCCUGAUGAUAGCGCUGGAAAUGAUCCGUGACGAACUACCGCUCUAUCCCGAAACCGUCUUCAUCGUGUCGGACUCUUCAUAUCUGGUUCGAGUCUUUACGGAGUAUAUGCCUUUCUGGCUGGAUAAUCAGGGUAUAAACUCCCGAGGACAAAGGGUGGCGCACUGGAACUUUUUGCUAGAUAUCAGACAGAUUAUUGAUGACUUGGCUCUUAAUGGCGGUCGGAAGAUGGAGCUCAAGUUUUGGCAUGUACCGAGAGAGCAGAAUGUGGCUGCUGAUGCGCUUGCGAACCGCGCUUUCAAUUGA